AUGUUCGCCAAAAAGGAUAAAGGAGUGAGGGUGAACAGAGAUAAUAUCUCUGAUGGACGUCUAGCAAAGUACUGUCGUAAACCUAAAAGAGAGGAUACAAACAGGAAAGAAAACACAGAUGGAAAGGAUGGAGGUAAAAAGAAAUGGAGGAAUAAUAAGAAUAAUAAGAAUGACAAGAAUGAUAAGAAUGAUGAGAAUAAUGAGAAUAAUAAGAACAAUAAGAAUGAUAAGAAUGAUAAGAAUAAUAAGAAUGAUAAGAAUAAUAAGAAUAAUAAGAAUGAUAAGAAUAAUAAGAAUAAUAAGAAUAAUAAGAAUAAUAAGAAUAAUAAGAAUAAUAAGAAUAAUAAGAAUAAUAAGAAUAAUAAGAAUAAUAAGAAUAAUAAGAAUAAUAAGAAUAAUAAGAAUAAUAAGAAUAAUAAUAAUAAUAAGAAUAAUAAGAAAGGACAUACAGUCUCAAAAAGAUGA